UUCAACGCUACUUUUAUCUUUCCACCUUCUACUUUCACCUCUGUUUCCAAAGAAUAUACAGAUUAUUACUCCUUGUUCUCUCCCUAUAAAACUUCAUCUUUCACAUUAUCUAACAAGACCAAGUGUUUGGAUUGAACAUUCUGAUAUUUAUAUCCAGUUUCUGGAAGUUCUUGAUAUUACAUAAUUGGGCAUAUAUUAGCAAACAGAGAAUUACAUCAAGAAGCAUACUAUGGCCUUAGAGCAGCUUUUCCAGGAGCAAAUAACAGACAUCAACUUUGACGAACGCGAUAUUUCGUUGGAGAAGUGUAAGACAGUUGAUGAUGAGCUUGACGACAAUGUCUCUGGAGGUUUUGAGUGUAACAUAUGCUUGGAUCUUGUACAUGAUCCUGUUAUUACCUUCUGUGGUCACCUUUAUUGUUGGCCUUGCAUCUAUAAAUGGAUUCAUUUUCAGAGUAAAUCGUCUGAAAAUACUGAUCACCAACAGCCACAAUGUCCUGUUUGCAAAGCUGAAAUCUCGCAGAAAACUUUGAUUCCACUAUAUGGUCGCGGCCAAACUACAAAACCAUCCGAAGGAAAGGCCCUGAAUCUUGGCAUAGUCAUUCCACAAAGGCCUCCUAGUCCGAGAUGUGGGGGUCAUCACACACUGAUAGCAACUAACGAAUCACAUCCAUCGCAGCAACUUCACAAUCGAAAUUAUCCUCAGCAAUCUCCAACACAUCAACCUUAUUCUUCUAGCUACAUGUCCGAACCUAUGCUAAGUCCUGGUGGCACGACAACAGGAGAAUUGGUUUAUGCGCGGAUGUUUGGGAACUCAUCGACUACUUUGUAUACAUAUCCGAGCUCAUAUAAUCUAGCUGGCAGCAGUAGUCCAAGGCUAAGAAGGCAACUAGUACAGGCUGAUAGAUCGCUUAGCAGAAUCUGUUUUUUCCUAUGUUGUUGUUUAGUGACAUGUCUUCUCUUGUUCUGACCACCUUCUCCGCUGGUUCAUACUUUGUAAAAAUACUUAGUUAUUGUAAUAGAUGAUGAAUAUACGACUUUGCUCAAUGCAACAAAUCACCAGGCCUUUUAGUACUUGUAAACCUGACAAGCUGGAGGGACUCCCUGCCAUAUAGCAGAGAGGAAAGAGCAAACUUUGAAAUUCUCAAACAAAUUUAAAUACCGUUUCUAGUUCA